AUGUGCGUGACAGGUGUCCCACUGCGGUCCCCCCCGCUACAUGGAGCCCCACAUCCUGGGCUGGAGGCCUCUCAUGCUCAAGCUCAGGCUCAUUUGAAGUAUCCUCUUCCUGAGGCCACCCCCGAUGACGUCAAUGUGCUCCCCGUGGCCCUCGCUCAGCUCCCUGUGGCCCUCCCUCAGCUCCCCGUGGCCGUCCCUCAGCUCCCCGUGGCCCUCGCUAAGGUCGCUAAGGUCCCUCAGCUCCCCGUGGCCCUCCCUCAGCUCCCUGUGGCCCUCGCUAAGGUCCCUCAGCUCCCUGUGGCCCUCGCUCAGCUCCCAUUGGCUCCUGCAGAAUGUUCCACUGCCACUAAAGCAUCAAGUGAGCAAAAUAAAUUCUGUUGUCCUCAUUGCAAGUUGAUUUUAAACAAAAAAAACUUCAAAACACACAGCAGGAGAAAACACACCAACCUCCUUGAGACAAUAACGAAGGACAGAUUUUUGGCCUGUCAGUGUAUCGAUGGCACACAUGGUGUGUUUGCAGUUGAAAAAUCUUUUUGUGGUCCUGCAACACCCAUACAUGUAAUCAAGAAUAUGUGGGGGCCAGCACAGAAGAUCAUCUGUGAGGUCGACCAGUGUCGUUUGAAUGCUGACUUUGCUCAAAGGAGCGGGAUGUUGCCUUUCGAGUGUCACCACAUCCAAUCAUUAUUGUAUUGCCCACGCACUGACGGUCAAACCGUGACACUUCCAGGUGAGGCCUUGGAAAGAAUGGUGGAAAACAAGUGGUUUGGUGAGGAGCGUAAGGCCGGCCUCUUGCGUUUCCAAAAAAAUGCUGAUGCUGAGGGUGUGCCUCUGUCUGUGCACUUGACUGUAGGUGGUCCACCAUCUAAAUUUCAUAUAUCUGUUUAUGAAAAAAAGGUAACAUACCACAGCAGGUUGGGAAGAGUUAUUGUGGCAUAUGAUGCAAAGCAAAACACCUGGCAUUGUCCCUGCUCUAAAGCGAGACAAUCCUGUAUCCAUAAAGCUGUUGCUAAAUGGCAUCUGUUUGUAACAAAGAGGGAGCUUUUUAGGAAGGUGAAGAGCACAGAGGAAGAGACACUUAAUCUUACCGAGAUCAGCACAGUCCAAUACGACAGCGACUCUGAGGACAAUUAUCCACCAGAUGACAGAAAAAUCGCAAGGACGCUUAAAUACCUCCUCAACAACAAAAAGCUCCCGGCAAAUAUACCCCAGGCUCUCAUAGAGCAGUCGAGAGAGGGGAGAAGAGACGACAGCUUUCCUAAGCACCUUAUCCCCAGAGAAACAAAGUGUGUAGAAUGUGAAUACACACUCUGUGAACAUCUGAUAACAGCGAAAGGCAAGAUCCUGACAAGCACAGGUGUAGUUGAAGGAAUAUCAACAUACAGGAAAUCAUGCCUGAACUGUGGCAUGAUUUACAGAUACCAGGAGUGGGAGGAGGGUAUCCACAACUUUGAUGACCACAUCAUCCUGUCUCUGCACUUGUGCCUGAUGGUCAGGAAUGCACUACAGACCCAUACAGCUAUCAGCAAAGUGAUAGCAAUUAUAGAGACAACGGAAAAGGUGUCCUUUCCAAACAAAGAAAGAGUAUUGCAGGCAUACCUCCACUUUGAGGCCCUGACCGACCAUGAAUACACGUACAGUUGUGUGUCAUGUGGAAACAACCCAGCAGUUGUUGUUAUUGACCUCCACAGAAAAGGGGUUUUCAAUAUGCCAGUGAGUGACAUCCCAAGUCCACCUGAUGGCUAUGAUGGAAAUGUUGACAUGGACCAUUUCUGGAACACUGUGGCCACAGAAAUGCUCAGUCGGGGAUUAAUUCCAUGUAAGUCUCGUCAAAAGACAGAACAGCUAAAGAACAGUGCAGCACUGUGGGUCGAAAUUGCUGCAGAGUGCACCUACAGACUCCAAGACUUUCCCAUGGACAUCACCAUUGGAAAUGAGCAGUUCCUCCUUAGGGGCGUUGUUCAUUUUACUCCAGGGCAUGACUGGCAAGCUAUGGGACACUAUGUGGCAUUCUGCAGGAGGAUUCGGUCUGGAGAGGAAGAAACCCGGGAUGACAGCCAAACCUUCUGUCCCAGCUGGUAG